AUGAUUGGGUUCCGGGAGCUUUUGUUACUGAACAACGACGGAAAAAUAAUUUGGCGGACUGGGCCGUGGAACGGGAGAAAGUUUAGCGGUGUACCGGGGAUGAAAGCGGUGAGUAUAAUGCAGUUUGAAUUUGAGGAGAACUCCGAGGAGAUAAUUUAUUCAUUUGAAAUGCUGAAUGCUUCUCUUUAUUCACGUGUGGUUAUGAAUUCUUCUGGUAUUGCUCAAAGAUUCGUUUGGGCUGAAACAACAAAAACCUGGAAUGUAUUCUGGUCUUUCCCCGAUGAUUAUUGCGAUAAGUUUAAUGAAUGUGGGCCCUUCGGCUUUUGUGAUGCAAACACUGCACCGAUGUGCAAUUGCAUGACACCCGGAUUCGCGCCGAAAAACAAACAAGCAUGGGAUUUUCGAGAUGGGUCCGAUGGGUGUGUUCGGAAUCGGAGCUCCAAAUUGGAUUGUGGGUCGGAUGGAUUUCUGCCAUUGAAGAACAUGAAAUUGCCGGAGAGUUCGAAAGCGUUUGUAGAUCAGACGAAGAAUUUGAGCGAGUGUGGUGAGAUUUGCAAAAAGAAAUGUUCUUGUGCAGCUUAUGCUAAUAUGGAUGUCACUGAAGGCGGGUCGGGUUGUCUGAUUUGGGAAAUGGAUCUGGUCGAUAUGAGGCGGUAUGCUGAUUCUGAAGAUGGUGGACAGGAUCUUUACGUUAGAGUUGCAGCUUCUGACUUGGGCGAAUCACCGAUGACUAAAAGUUCUAAAAAUAGCUCCGGCAGCAACAACAAAGUUGUCAAACUUGUUGGCAUUACCAUCGGUGCUAGUGUGGUGCUGAUAUUUCUAAUUAUACUCUUUCACUUGAUGAGGAAGAAACUACAAAGGUUGAAAAAACUAGAGUCAGAUAUACCAGCUCCAGAAAAACGAGUCAAAGAUUUCACAUUAAAAGAUGGGGUGGUGGUGCCAAAUAAAAGAGAUUAUUAUGGUGAAACAAAGACAGAUGAACUUGAGUUACCUUUGUUCGAUUUUAUGACACUUGUUAUGGCUACAAACAACUUCUCGAACUCAAGUAAACUUGGGCAAGGCGGGUUCGGGUGUGUUUAUAAGGGUACAUUAAAGGAAGGUGAAGUUGUAGCGGUAAAAAGACUCUCAAGAAUUUCUGAUCAAGGGAUUGAAGAACUUAAAAACGAGGUUCAGUUAAUCGCGAAACUCCAACAUCGGAACCUUGUUCGAGUAUUAGGUUGUUGCAUUGAAGCCGAAGAGAAGUUAUUGGUUUAUGAGUUCAUGGAAAAUAAAAGUCUCGAUAUGUUCCUUUUUGACAAAGAGAAAAACGUUACUCAGUUGGAAAAUCAGACUCGAGAUCAUAUGUGGGAUUGCUCGAGGGAUUCUUUAUCUUCAUCAAGAUUCAAGAUUUAAGGUCAUUCACCGGGAUCUAAAAGCUAGUAAUAUUUUGCUCGAUAGACAAAUGAACCCGAAGAUAUCUGAUUUUGGUAUGGCACGGAUUUUUUGGGGUGAUCAAAAUGUAGCGAAAACAAAGAAAGUGGUUGGAACAUACGGUUAUAUGUCACCUGAAUAUGCAAUGGAUGGGCAUUUUUCAACAAAAUCAGAUGUGUUCAGUUUUGGAGUUUUGGUUCUCGAGAUAGUAAGCGGUAAAAAGAACACCGGAUCAUGUUAUACAAGUAGUCAACACAACCUUCUGAGAC